CCAUGUUUCUCCUCAUCAUUCCCGAAACACAGUGAUCGGCGGCGGGCAGAUGAGAGAGAAUCACCCCGUCACCCCGCAUCCACACCACCACCACCAUCCUCCUCCUCCUCCUCUUCAUCCCAUCACCACCAUCAUCAUCACCCGACGGGCUUCAUCGAGCGAGCAGGACUUACUUUUGAGGAAUUAUUGAUGGGAAAAGGACUAUGGAGAACUAAGGGACACUCAAUCGGUGCUUUUGGGGAACUUCGCUAAACUCACUUUUUGAGGACAUAAACACACUCAAUCAAUCUUUUCCACGCACGUAAUGCCCAAAUGUCACAUUUGGGGGGCGUGUCAUGUUAUUUCUGUUUGUUUUGAGGUAAAUUCUCUUUGGGGAUGAGCUAAAAAUCUAUUAGCUUUGCUAGCCGACCGUCUUUAUUAGCCCGAUCAUUAGCAUCAGUUAUUUAAACCCGUUAAAGUUGAACAAACCGGGGAUGUUUUAAAGUAUGUUUACUUGACAUGGUUCGACACUAGUACUUGUUAAUGUUAAUGCACGAUUUUUCGUGUUUAUGUGGGAGAAAACCAGUUAAGAUGCUUUGUGUCGCGAGAAUGUUGUUAGCUCGUUAGCUAGAGUAGCUACAAAAAAAGGCACUUAAAGGUAUGUAAAGUAACAUUUACAAAACGCAAGCGAUAAAUUACAUUUUUACACAAAAGUGUGAGGCCUUUUUUGGAUAAAUGGCUUAAAUUGUCAUCUUCCCCGUUAUUUUGUGGUUUGUUGGUCACUUGGUACAUUAAGAAGAUGUAGUGAGAAGUUUUAUUUGGGUAUGAAAUUAAAACUCGUUUUAAGUUUACUGCAGUUGUGUGACUGCAUUUUGCUGCGAUGAUGAGUGGUUUAUAUUUAUAGCUAUUUACAGAUCCCCUCCAAAGAGUUCUGGCGUAUUCGCAUCUAUUUUAAUAACGUUACACUACAUAUUUUGGACUGACGCUCGUUUUGAACCAUGUCUGGGGAAGUGCGUUUGAAAAAGCUGGAAAAACUCAUUCUGGAUGGCCCUGUCCAAUCCAAUGGACAGUGUUUUAGUGUGGAAUCUCUUCUGGAUGUUCUCAUAUGCCUUUUUGAUGAGUGCAUCAACUCCCCGCUCAGAAGAGACAAGAACAUUGCUGAGUUUUUGGAAUGGGCCAAACCGUUCACCUCUAAAGUGAAACAGAUGCGAUUGCACAAGGAGGACUUCGAGAUCCUGAAGGUCAUUGGUCGAGGAGCUUUCGGCGAGGUAGCGGUUGUAAAGGUGAAAAGUUCAGACAAGGUGUUUGCCAUGAAGAUCCUCAACAAGUGGGAGAUGCUGAAAAGAGCAGAGACGGCGUGUUUUCGGGAGGAGCGGGACGUGCUGGUAAAUGGAGACUGUCAGUGGAUCACCAGACUGCACUACGCCUUUCAGGAUGACAACUUCCUGUACUUGGUAAUGGACUACUACGUGGGUGGUGACCUCUUGACUCUUCUUAGCAAGUUUGAGGACCGUUUACCAGAGGACAUGGCUCGAUUCUACCUGGCUGAGAUGGUCCUAGCCAUCGAUUCUGUGCACCAGCUCCACUACGUCCACAGAGACAUCAAGCCAGAUAACAUUCUGCUGGAUGUGAACGGACACAUUCGACUGGCAGAUUUUGGCUCCUGUCUUAAACUCACUGAGGAUGGAACGGUGCAGUCCUCCGUUGCUGUGGGUACUCCAGACUACAUUUCUCCUGAGAUCCUGCAGGCCAUGGAGGACGGGAAAGGGAAAUAUGGCCCGGAAUGCGACUGGUGGUCACUGGGCGUCUGCAUGUAUGAGAUGCUGUACGGGGAAACUCCUUUCUAUGCAGAGUCCCUGGUGGAAACAUAUGGCAAGAUUAUGAACCACAAGGAGCGGUUCCAGUUCCCCGUUCAUGUGACGGACGUCUCUGAAAACGCCAAAGACCUUAUCCGCAGGCUCAUCUGCUGCAGAGAGCACAGGCUGGGUCAGAACGGCAUUGAGGACUUCAAACAGCACCCUUUCUUUUCCGGCAUUGACUGGCAGAACGUCCUCAAAUGUGACGCGCCCUACAUCCCUGAAGUCAGCAGCCCAUCUGACACGUCAAACUUUGACGUGGAUGACGACUGCCUCAAGAACACGGAGACAAUGCCACCUCCUUCCCACACCGCCUUCUCAGGACACCAUCUCCCAUUUGUAGGUUUUACCUACACCAGCAACUGUACGCUGUCUGACCGCGGUUGCCUAAGGGAGCCUGCAGCACCUGCACAGAUGGAUGUGUCCGUUCAGCGCGGUCUGGAGGACAGUCUGGCUACUGAAGCAUACGAGCGGAGGAUCCAGCGUCUGGAGCAGGAGAAGCUGGAGCUCAGUCGCAAACUACAAGAGUCCACAAAAACGGUUCAGGCGCUGCAAUACUCCAGCGGCGACGGGCCUGUUUCCUCCAGCAGAGAGUAUGAGAUCCGUGGACUGAAGGAGGAGAUAGAAAUGCUAAGGAAACAGAUCGCAGAUACAGGACAGGUGGAGCAGCAGUUAGAACAUGCCAGUUCUGCCCGCAGGGAUCUGGAGGACUCUUCCAAACAGAUCCGAUCUCUGGAGAAACAGCUCAAGAGCAUGAAGCAGGAGAGAGAUGACCUGCAGAAGAGUCUGCAGGAGUCCUCGGAGAAGCUUAAGACUCAGGGGAAGGAGCUGAAGGAGGCGGACAGCCAGAGGAAAAUGGCCAUGCAGGAGUUUGGCGAGGUGAGCGAGAAGGUCACAGAGCUGCGGUCUAACAAGCAACGGCUCUCCCGACAGCUCCGGGACAAGGAAGAGGAGAUGGAUUCUCUGAAUCAGAAGGUGGAGGCGCUACGGCUAGAAGUGCGGAAAGCUGAGCGGGCCAAGAAAGAGAUGGAGGCCCAGGCUGAAGAGUUUUCUGCUGAGGCUCAGAAAGAGAAGAAGCUUAGGGAACGCAGUGAGCAGUACAGCAGACAGCUGGAAGAGGAGCUGGAGGGAAUGAAGCAGAAGCAGGUGGGCCGCUCUCCAAGCGUCGGGUCAUCUGAGCAGCACCAGGAGCUCAGUAAAUUACGAGCAGACCUGGAGAACAAGACCGCUUUCCAUGAGGAGGAACUGUCACGCAGAGAACAACAACAUGCCAAUGAACUGAAGAACCUGAAGAAGGAGCUGCGAGAAUCAGAGGGACAGCAGCUCACCUUUAAGAAAGAAAUCAUGAUGUUCAAAGACAAGCUGGAGAAGACCCGACGAGAGAGUCGGAGCGAACGAGAGGAGUUUGAGGCCGAGUACAAGCAGAAGUACGAGAGAGAGCGAGUGCUGCUGUCGGAGGAGAACAAGAAACUUUCCAGCGAACUUGAGAAGAUGAAGUCUUUGUUUGAGAAGUUGAGCUGCAGUAACAAACAGCUGGAGGAGGAGAUGAGAGAACUGGCUGACAAGAAAGAGAGUGUGGCCCAUUGGGAAGCCCAGAUCACGGAAAUCAUUCAAUGGGUCAGUGACGAGAAAGACGCUCGAGGUUAUCUGCAGGCUUUGGCCACUAAGAUGACUGAAGAACUGGAAGGCCUAAGGAACGCCAGUCUGGGUGCACGUGCUACUGACAUGCCAUGGAAGAUGAGACGUUUGGCUAAGCUGGACAUGUCUGCGCGUCUAGAGCUGCAGUCUGCACUGGAUGCCGAGAUUAGAGCCAAACAAACCAUCCAGGAUGAGCUCAACAAAGUCAAGGCAUCACAUAUGGCCACUGAGUGCAAGCUGGAGGAGUAUGAGAAGAAGAACCAGGACCUGCAGGUAGAGAUCCAGAGGCUGAAACAGGAAACUGAGAGCCUGCGCACGUCUAAAGGGGUCAAGCACCAAGACUCCCAGAAUUCCUUCCUGGCAUUCCUGAAUGCUCCGACCUCUGCCUUGGAUCAGUUUGAUCGCUCCACUGCCUGUGGGCCGGCUGGCAAAGGCAGACGUAUUGAUUCCAUCGAUAACUUCAGCCUGUCCAACACGCCUUCCCGGGAGGAGGAUGGAAGAUCCCAGGUCACGUCCCACUCUCGCUCACCCUCCACCGCAAGUGAUAUGGAGUCUCAAGAGCAGGUAGAUCAGCCACAACAAGGUGCACAAACCUCCAUGCGGUCUGGAUACAGCUCUGGUCACAGCACGCCUAAACCGAAGGCCCAUCAGUUUGUGGUAAAGACCUUCAGUACUCCCACUAAAUGUAACCAGUGUACAUCUCUGAUGGUGGGACUCAUCCGGCAGGGCUGUACGUGUGAAGUCUGUAACUUCUCCUGUCACGUGACGUGUGCGGACAAAGCUCCCGCCGUGUGUCCGAUCCCACCGGAUCAAACCAAAGGUCCUCUGGGUAUCGACCCCCAGAAGGGCAUCGGCACGGCUUAUGAAGGGCACGUCAAGGUACCCAAACCACUAGGUGUGAAGAAGGGAUGGCAAAGGGCAAUCGCUGUAGUCUGUGACUUCAAGCUCUUCUUAUAUGAUCUCCCAGAGGGCAAAGCUGCUCAACCUGGUGUCACGGUGAACCAGGUCAUUGACAUGAGGGAUGAGGAAUUUUCUGUAAGCUCAGUUUUGGCAUCAGAUGUCAUUCAUGCGAAUAGGAAGGAUAUUCCCUGUAUUUUUAGGGUGACAGCAUCACAGCUCUCUCCAUCCAGCAAUAAAAAGUGCUCCAUUUUGAUUCUGGCUGACAGCGAUCAGGAAAGAACCAAGUGGGUUGGCCUCCUGAACGAGCUGCACCGUCUCCUGAAGAAGAGCAAACUUAAAGAACGCUUUGUUUACGUCCCUAAAGAAGCGUAUGACAGUGCACUGCCUCUCAUCAAAUCCACACAGUCUGCUGCUAUUAUAGAUCAUGAGAGGAUAGCCCUGGGCAAUGAGGAAGGGUUGUACGUUAUUCAUGUUACCAAAGAUGAUAUUAUCAAGGUAGGAGACAAUAAGAAGGUCCAUCAGAUUGAGUUGAUCCCAUCGGAACAAUUGAUCGCUGUGAUCUCGGGCCGAAACGGCCAUGUACGGCUUUACCCAAUGGCGUCCCUGGAUGACCGUGAGGCCGAUUUUCACAAGAUAGCGGAGACCAAAGGCUGCCAAACUCUGGUUUCGGGCACGAUCAGACAAGGAUCUCUCACGUACCUCUUUGUGUUCAUGAAAAAACAUGACAAGGUGAUGAUCUACGAGCUCAACAAGAGCAAAACGCGCCAUCGGAAGCUGCGGGAUAUCCCCGUCCCGGGAACGGUGCAGUGGAUGGGUCUCCAGGGCGACAAGCUCUGCAUGGGCUUCCAGUCCAGGUUCCUGCGCUAUCAUCUUCAGGGGGAUGGAACUACCUCUAGCCUCCUCCACCCUGACGAUCACACCCUGGCCUUCAUCGAGCAGCUGAGCCUGGAUGCCCUCUGCGCCGUGGAGAUCUCCAGUAAAGAGCUGCUCUUGUGCUUCAGCAGUAUCGGCGUGUACGUGGACUGUCAGGGCAGACGCUCACGACAACAGGAACUGAUGUGGCCGGCUACACCCACUGCAUGUCGUUAUAAUGCACCUUAUCUGUCAGUGUAUAGUGAGAAUGCAGUGGAUGUAUUUGACGUCAACACUAUGGAGUGGAUUCAAACGAUGCCUUUGAAAAGGGUUCAUCCUCUGAACGCUGAUGGCUCUCUAAACCUGCUGGGGCUGGAGACCGUACGGCUCAUCUACUUUAAAAACAAGACAGCAGAGGGAGAUGAGCUGGUGGUGCCAGAGACAUCUGAUAACAGUCGCAAACAGAUGGUGCGCAGUAUGACGAGUAAACGGCGCUUUUCGUUCCGCGUGCCGGAGGAGGAGAGAGUUCUACAGAGGAGGGAGAUGCUGAAAGACCCCGAAAUGAGGAAUAAGUUAAUUUCCAACCCAACAAACUUCAACCAUGUGGUUCAUAUGGGCCCAGGAGAUGGGAUCCAGAUCCUGAAAGAUCUGCCAAUGCCCGGUUCUCCUCUCCCUUCUCCUCAUCUGCGCCUCAUCUCCACCCCUACAAGCUUUGAGCAUGUCUAUCACAUGACUGUCACCUCUGCUGACAACUUCCUGUCCCUGGACUCCUCCCCUCUCUCCUCCCACUCCCUGUCCCUCAGCUCCGCCCCUGGGACCCCUGCCUCCAUCUGCUCUUUGAACGUGCGUCCUCAGGAGAGCCGUGGUGUCCUGGGAGCGUCCGUCAGUAUCCCCUCCAUCAGCAAGGCCAGGCCUGAACCGGGCCGAUCUAUGAGUGCCAGCAGCGGCCUGGGCACACGCUCCUCUUCUCAAAAUGGCAGUGCACUGAGACGGGACCUUUCUGUUGGCAGCUACGGUUCCACCAAACGGCAGAUGACGUCGCCUUCUGAUGGUUCGCUGUCAUCUGGAGGAGGCAUGGACUGCGGAGGUGACGCCCCGCUAUCCCAUUUUGACAGAGAGUGUCCAGGAGUGUCACCUACAGAGAAGACUCCUGAUCUGAAAAGGGCUUUAAGGACCCUGCUUAGUAAGCUAAAGGACUCAGACUCUCCACGUCACUCCACGGCCUCCAACAGCUCCAACCUGAGCAGCCCACCGAGCCCUUCAUCCCCUCACAAGAGCAAGACUCAGUCCCUGGAGCGCGGUGAGCACCUGGGCUGGGAGACAUGAGCUCUGCCUCCACCCGCUUCCUUCUGACUUCCUGUGGGGCCCCGAGAGAGACAGAGAGGCGACAGCUUACACAUCAUAUUCCUAAACACGCCGCCGGGCCCAGGUGUGUGUGUGUGCGUGUGUGUGUUUGCGUGUAUUGGUGUGCAUAUGCGUUACACGUGUGAUUGUUGUACACACGCACCUUACAUCCCUUUUGAGUGGACCCAUCACCACUGUUCCUGUUCCUGUUCCUGUGUUGGACGGAGGAACAGACCACUGAGUGUAGCUUCUCACCUACCACCACCGGUGUGGACGGGGUUCGAAAACGACAAACACAGAGCUUUAACGUGAAUCUAUCGGUGUUUGUUGACAAGUGUGCCUCAUCCUCAAAAUAUGCAUUCAAAAGUCUUAAUGGACCGGGGGAUGUUACUUUAAACGCAUAACACUAAAAAUCGUGAAAACUUUCAUUGGGGAUCAUGGAAAACCGUUCCUGGCAUUCCAAUCCGUGCGAUAAAAACAUGAACACUUCAAUUGAGUUCAGCCCCAAUAGAUAGAGUGGCACUACUGUAUAACUCAGCCUCUAUCCUCCAGUGCCAUGCUGACCUUUACAGUAAGAGGUCAGAGUUCAAGAAUAGAUUCUGAGUUCAAUAAUGUAAAUAGAGUUUAAGUAGAGUAUAAUAUAUAAUGAAAUCAUAACACUAUUCUGUUGGUAAAUAAGUGACUUGGCUUUGAGAGUUUUUUUUUUUUUUUAUUUCCUGUGUCAAGGUUCUAGUCAAUUAUUAUGUCAGUUUAAGCAUUAAUAUGUUAAGAUAUGCUAGUUUUUCAUAAUUCCACUAAAAUCGGCAAGGGAACACUACAUAAAAAAAAAAAUCGGGCCUCAUUCGUAAAACACAAGGAGAAUAGGUUUCGUGUAAAUUGUUCGUAAAGCCAUUCUUAUGUACAAUUUCGCGUCGAAUAUGACGUAAACAAGCUUGCGGUGAAACUGUUCGUUAAAACAACUCUGUAGAUCGUCGCGAGAUUCGUAAGCUCGCAAUAAAAUUUUAUAAAACCUUUAUUGCGCGAGUCGUCGCAUUAAAUGCAAGAUUAAAAGUCGGCGUCAUUGAAUCGUUCUUGCGUAAAUCGUUACCACAUUAAAUGGAAGAUUCACAAGCCAUGCUUGCAAUAAAAUUUCAUUCAAUUCUUCUUAAAUUGUGGCAAUAAAUAAAAGAUUCCAAAGCUCGCAAUAAAAAAAAUAACAUUCUAAAACAAACUGUUGUUUGAACAAAACAUUAUUAGAAAUCAUUCUUGAGUGAACUGUUGCGUGGAAUAUGAGAUGGAGAAAGCUACAGUGAACAUGUUUGUAAAAAUUCACGAUGGCAGCCGUCAUAAAUCUAGCGCAUUGUUGAGUUGAAACGAGCUAUAUUUGACAAACAACUGACAGAAGGAUGUUUUUUAAGAACCAUUUACAUGAACGCAGUCUCCUCGUGUUUCAUGAAUGUUGUUGCGUAUUGCGAGCAUGAUCCAUCAUUCUCAGAGAAACCAAGAUGUGUAUAUCGUCCAGUCACGUGAUCAUAAAUAAGCUGUUGUGCUGAAUGUAACAGAGAUUCACUGCAGCCUUGUUCGUGUUGCUCUUGCCUACAUCUGUGCUUCACGGUUCUGUUGCCGGAGCAAUAAUGCUGUUUCCAAAGAGGUUUUUGUCUUUAAAUAUUAAUGUUAAUUAUUAUUCUUUUAGUUGUUGUUUUUUUUUUUUUCCUUCGGUGUUUUAAAGUUUAAUUAUCCAACUCGCAAGAACCAAACUUUGCCUAAGGUGUACAUGUAAAUAUAACACGUAGUGUAACCUGGACCGCUAGAUUCAGAGCGUUUGUGUGACGUGGAGAAACACUAAACUCAUCAGGUGAAGCAUUUAAAGGGCUUCGGCGCUUCAAACUCACUGGUGCAUAUAGCUUUUGCCUCUUCCUCUUGCACUCGACAGGGACCCCGAGGACCAGCAGGAGAUUAGGUCGUUUGAUAUCAAUACAAAUUCACAGAGGACUUACAGUAAAGCUGCUGUAGCGAUGUUUUAAACGUGCAGGGUCAGACUAUCAGACAUCCCUGAACCUCAGAAUACCUCAGAUCAGAGAGCAAAGCCAUUACGACUCCAUCAGAACCUCCAUUUUCACGCACUAAUUGACACUUAUUAUGAAUUAUUCUGCUCGCUUUUGCAAACGCAUCGAUCAGAUGUUUUUUUCAAAACACAUUCUACAGAUUCAGACUCUUGGAUGUCUAGAUGCUGUUCAGAAUUCCCAAAUAUUUAGGAAUAGCUCACUCAAAAAUCGAAAUGUACAUCGACUCGCCCUUAGGUUUAUAGCUUGCUUUGACCUAUAUAGUUUGGCUAAAAGUAGUUGGAUUAUAUCACCUUAAAUGUAUAAUGUAAUGGAUUACAUUGUUGACAAAAAAUUUUCAUUAUUUAAUUUGGAAUCGAUAAUGGACUACACUUUGUAAGUAAUCUACCCAGCCCGUUUUAUUUAUUAUUAUUUGUUUCUCAAAUUCUCAAAAGCAUUAAUAUUGAUAUAUAUAUAUAUAUAUAUAUAUAUAUAUAUAUAUAUAUAUAUAUAUAUAUAUAUAUAUAUAUAUAUAUAUAUAUAUAUAUAUAUAUAUAUUAGUAACAAGAGUAAGUCAUGGGUUUGUAAUAAUGACAGAAUUUAUUUUUGAGUGAACUAUUCUCUUUAAAGUAUGCUGAAAAUAUAAAAUGACCUUUCAGUAUUGAAGCACUCCCGAGUAAUGAACGUUUGGGCAUAUGUACCUGUGGUUUUAUUCAUUCUAGUAUUGCCAGCAUUUCGUAUUUUCCAUUAUAUGCAAGCACUAUCGAAACAUUCACUGUGGAGCAAAUUUGGCACAUCGUUUUUUUUGUUUUUUUUUUAAUCGAGCUCAGAUAUCACUCGGGACCUUAGUUAUGCAUUUGCUCUAUUCCACGAUCGCGGUUAAUUCCAAAACGAGAAAUGAUAUUCAUAAUACAGGUUUUUUUCUAAUAAGGCUGUAACGGGUUAGAAACUAUUCGCCAGGGUUAUGGUAUUAACAAUGAACAGGAAACCUGUUUGAAAUGUUCUCAGGUAUGUCAGAACCAAUGAUUAUACGUUCGCAUGGAGGAGAACGGGGACGGUAGAAACGACAGACGUCCAGAUCUUUGGCUCGUUUGAUCUUUAGGACUGUUACUUAGCAAAGAAUAGAUCGAUAUUAGAGCGGGAGGUGCCUUAGUUUUCUUAGAUCGGUGUGAACCGGUCGGUGUAGGUAGAAUGGACUAGAAUGAGAGAUGACUGGAGAUUUAAGACACAUUCACACUCGCAUUUCACAUGAGGAUUUUGUUUGCCUUUUAGUGAAUUGCUACUUCAUAUCAUAUAAUUUCUUCUCGUUUUAGAUUUUUGUAAGACUAUGUACAGAUCUGCAUGUCGUAGGUGUAAUCACUUGUUUUAAAGGACUGUACGGCUGGAUUGUUUUAUUUUUAUUGUAUUUUAUUGACCUGUGUGGCGUGAAUGGUUGGGACGUGAACAUGAAUUACCCCGUACUGCAAUGUAGACCUUUUCUUGUUUCUUUUUUUUUUUUUUUUUUUUUGCACAAGUGUAUUUAAGGUGGAAUACUGUUAUUUGUAUUGGUUUGGACACCACUUUUCACAUGGAAAGCUCAUUAUCAGACUAUUUCAAUAAAAUUGGGAACUAUAAAA